AUGAGCUUGAAUUAUAUCACUAGGGCCAAUAAGGAAUUGUUCAAGAACAUUAUACGAGAACUAUCUGAUCAAACGAGCAAGAAGUUUGACAGUGAUACCAAGACCUUCCAACAAUUGGAUCAUUGGAAAGACAACCAAUUGCUUGAUACAGUUGCAGACCGAUAUGCAAGCUCCAAAAGAGAUACUACAUAUCUCACCAAAAGUGAGCUUGUCAAUUUGAUGGACUGGAAACUAAAUAUUGGUACGUUUCGGCCCACAUUGCCAAAACUUAUUAAGUCUAAUGAUGAAGAGACUGUAAAGGAGGUGACCAAAUCUGGAUUCAAGAUGUUGUUGGGAUUUUUUAAAGACCUUCCUUCUGAUUUCUGGUCUGUAGCUACAGCCGAUCAACUUGCUGAUUAUAAGAAGCAUAUACGGCAAGCGAUGAAGGAAUUGUGUAAGCUAAAAGGGGUGGGUCCAGCAACUAGCAGUUUAAUUAUGUGCUGCCUCUACAAGAUCCAGCCAAAGUUUACGCCUCCAUUUUUCAGUGACGAAAGUUUUAUGUACUAUGUAAUUGAUCCUACCAAACCAGGUGAAAAAAUAAAGUAUAGCGUAAAGGAAUAUGUGGAGGAACUAUUACCAGUCUAUUUCAAAUUAUUAAGAAACGAUCCGGAGAGUACGUUCUGGCAAUUGGAACGCGGUGGCUGGGCUGUAAAGUACUUCAGUUUGUACAAGGAUGACAAAUUGGUUAAUAUCAAGUCCCCUUAUGGCGACAGUGAAGAGUGGGAACUGUUCCAAAAGGGAGAGGAAGAGGACUCGACAGAGCCACCAAAGAAGAAAAAGAGAGCUGCGUGA